AUGAUCCAAGUAUUAUCUAUUCGUGAAGAUGAUGAAGGGCUUUUAAGUAUCGCAUAUACAAAUCCGAUCAGAAGGCAAUCAUGGAAAAAGAGGUUUUGUGAUCAUCCAACACCCACGCAAAUAUGUGAGAAAAAUAUUUCUAAAUCACAAUUUUUAGAGUUAAAUAAGAAAUAG